UGAAAAGCGAACGAUAAAAAAAAUAUCUGUGAAUAUUAAUAUGUUAACUGAUAUUGCACCGACGGCGGCUAACACAAGCCAAUUUUACGGCGCACAGCUUCAAACAAUUGGGAUCACAAACAUAGCACAAAAUAAAUCUGAACAAUCUGGAAGUUUAAAAGGAACACCGUUGGCAAUGCUUGCCGCACAGUGUAAUAAAUUAUCGAAUAAAUCUCCGCCACCAUUGGCCGACGCUGCUGUUGGCAAAGGCUUUCAUCCGUGGAAAAAAAGUCCACAACAAUUGUCAUCAGGCCCUCAAUCUCCUAACCAAAUGUCACCACAACAUAAUAGUAACAACAACAACAACAACAAUAUAUCUUCAAAUUUAACUAUGCAGCGAAACAUUUCAGGGAGUCCAAUGAACCACACGAUUGCUCCAACAAGUCGUGUUUGCUCUUCUGGAUCCGUUCACACACCAUCUUAUGGUAGUGAUCUUUACUUUCCAGGCGCAACAGCGUCUUCUGCAAUAUCCGAUAAUCAUCACCACAUUCAUCAGGGACUUUUAGGGAAGGUCGAAGUUGGAUCUGUAUACACUCGACAUCCUUACGAGUGGCCUUUUAAUACAGUCACAUCUCAUAAAACUGAUAAUGGUGGUUGGUGGGAUAUGCAUUCAGCGGCAGCAGCUGGAAGUUGGUUAGAUAUGGGAUCUGGCAUGCAUGCUACCAUGGCAAACUAUGCAGCAGCUGGAACAACCGACUACUCCCCUUUGACACAUUCAUUAUCAAAUACAGCUCAUUUAUUAGGAUCAGGUCAACACCUUCUUCAAGAUACGUAUAAAAGUAUGAUACCAGCACAAUCAGUUGGAAAUUUCUCAUUGUCACACGCCCCAACGUCUUCUCCACCGGCACCAACGACCACGUCAACAACAACACCUUCUAGACCAAAUCGGCGUUAUGCUGGUCGUGCAACAUGUGAUUGCCCAAAUUGCCAAGAAGCUGAACGUCUCGGCCCUGCUGGUGUACAUUUGAGGAAAAAGAAUAUUCAUAGUUGUCACAUACCUGGAUGUGGUAAAGUGUAUGGUAAAACUAGCCAUCUGAAGGCACAUUUACGUUGGCAUACUGGAGAACGUCCGUUUGUUUGCAAUUGGCUUUUCUGUGGUAAAAGAUUUACGCGAUCUGAUGAACUUCAACGGCACUUGAGAACUCACACCGGUGAGAAAAGCAGAUUCGCUUGCCCGGUGUGUAAUAAACGAUUUAUGAGGUCAGAUCAUCUUGCAAAACAUGUAAAAACUCAUAAUGGGACAACUACUGGUACUGUUAAAAAGGGCUCGUCAGAUUCUUGCAGUGAUUCUGAAGAGCAGAACACAAGUGAUCUUCAUCAAAAUUCACCAGGUGGAAACAACAAUAACACUUCGCCACAUAAUUAUAACAUUUCGUUAGCAUCAACAAGCGUCGAUCCUAAUGGGCUGCAUAUUCAACAUCAACACAAUACGAUGGUGCUAACGCCUCACCAGAUUAAUGCUCCAUUGUUACAUCAUAAUCUACAGCAGCAUCACCACCCUCCAAGUCCCGAUUUAGAUCACACGAAUCAUUUGGACAUUAAAACAGGAAUUGCAUGAAGUUCACUUACUUCGUGCGCUUCUCACAAUAAUUUUACUUUACAAAGCAUUUAGAAAGAGAGAAAAGAAAUCUCAUAAAAUAUUUUGAUAUCACAUGCUUUAGAUUCACAGAAAACGCCCGAAUUACGGAAGCGCGAGAAUUGUUUUUAUUUUUUGCAAAAUUAUGUAUGAUAUGAUUUCAAAGAUAAAUAUUUACAAGUACAAAUUCAUGUGUAAUGGAUCAUUUUUUUCUGCAAUGAAUAUUUCCAGAUUGGUAAUUAAAUUAGUGCGGGAAAAAAUCGAACGAAAGGUUGAAAAUUUUGAUAAAAGAAAAAACUUGAAUCGUUUGAUAAACAUCAGAAAUAUUUCCGAAUAUUUGGAAAUCAUAAAUUACAACAUAAAUGUGUGAAUAUUCGUGUAAAGCUAAAGGAAAAAUAAAUAUCUUUAAAAGAAUGUAUAAAAGGAAAAUUAAGUUGGGUAAAUAUAGAUAAGUCCUUCCUUGAGCAUAAAUCUUUCAAUGUAUUAAUGUUUCAAGAAAAACAAAAUCCUUCAAUGUAGUUAAAAUAUUUGCUCUUAGAAAAUUCUUUUAUUUUUGACUGCAUUAAAUUA